AUGACCCCCCCGCGCCCCCCGAUAACCUGCCACGUCCUCGACACGACCACGGGCCGGCCCGGCGCCUCGAUCCCCGUAACCCUGACCCUGCUCUCCAUCUCGGACGCGGAGAACGCUGCGGGCGCCAGCCAGCGCUUCGCCGGCCUCACCAACGGCGACGGGCGCGUAACGUCCUGGAGCACCGGCUCGGGCUCGGCGCCUCUGGACGAGCUCUUCAGGCUGCAGAGCGAGCGCGGCGAGGCUUCGAAGUGGAGCCUGAAUUUCGCGGUCGGGGACUACUGGAGGGAGCGCGGGGUCGAGGCCUUCUUUGAGGAGGUCGAGGUUAGGUUCACGGUGCGUGGGGGGAGCGCGAAGGAGCAUUUUCAUGUCCCCGUGCUGGUGGGGCCGUUUAGCUACACGACUUAUAGGGGGUCGUGA